AAACUUGUGUUUGUUUCAUGUUCUGAAGAUUCUCUGGUUUCAGCAGAAUCCAGAACUUCACUGAGGUCAACUUCUCCAGUCCAGCAGUGAUCCUCACUAAAGAGCCAUGAAAUAUCUACACACCAUCUGCCUUCUUUUCAUUUUCAUAGCCAGAGGAAACUCUCGCUCGUGUGACUUUUGUCACAACAUAGGAAAAGAUUGCGAUGGUUACGAACAGGAAUGUUCCUCUCCAGAAGAUGUAUGUGGCAAGGUCUUGUUGGAGAUUUCAUCAGCAUCGCUGUCAUUCCGAACUGUGCAUAAGAACUGUUUCUCAUCCAGCGUCUGCAAACUUGGGCAAUUUGAUGUAAAUGUUGGGCAUCACUCAUAUAUAAGAGGAAGAAUCAAUUGCUGUGAGAAAGAACCGUGUGAAGACCAACCGUUUCCAGGACUGCCCCUCUCCCAACCAAAUGGAUACUAUUGCCCUGGCGCAAUUGGCCUUUUUACGAAGGACAGCACUGAAUAUGAAGCUAUUUGCAAAGGAACUGAGACUAAGUGCAUUAACAUCGUGGGACACAGAUAUGAACAAUUUCCUGGAGACAUCUCUUACAAUCUCAAAGGCUGCGUUUCUUCCUGUCCUCUGCUGAGUUUGAGCAAUGCAACCUUUGAACAAAACAGAAAUUAUCUGGAGAAAGUUGAAUGUAAGGACGCCAUCAGAUUGGCAAGCCUCUGAAGGUCAGCAAUUUCAUCCCAUAGAACCGGCAUCAUUGAAAUGACUCUGAAUGGAAACUUACAGUUUUAAGUUGUGAUUCUUCCUGCUGACUAAUUCUUAGAAUUAAAAAAGAAAAAAGAAAGGAAAAGAAAAGAAGCCCACGGGCUGAGUUGAAUUU